UGUAUUGAGGAGUAAGACGGGGAGUAUCGUUGACAUCAACCAGCAGUGUUUAAAGCUACCCGACCUGAGAUGGUCCCCCGACACACGAGCGCAGAGUAGCGGUCCUGUAGGGCUUCUGAGGAGGCGAGAGGAAAGCUUGCGUUCCCUGACGAAAAGUAAAACCUUUCUGAGGAGCUCAGCUGUCAAAUGGGAUUAUUAUUUCUGUCCGGGGUUCAAGGGAAACUGCCAGCUGAAAGUCCAUCCACAUGAAUUUAUCAGACCAAAAAAAAGACGGAACACUCACUUUCCCUACUAAGGUCCACUGGAUGGUCACACUGAGAAUUCCACAGAGCAGGCCAUGAUGCCUCAGCCAGGGCUGUAGGGAACACCCAGGGAGUGCCAAGCCCUGCUGAGGGAAGUCCCCCCCCCCCCCAUCCCCUAUCGCAGGAGGUACCAUGGUUCCCCCCAGGCCAGGUGGAACCGUAGCCCAGUCCAGGGCGACUCGUCCUGGGUACGGACUCUGCUUGUACCCCCCUUGUCUGCUGCUGCCACUGCUGGUGCUCACAUCCCUGCCCAAUCUGUCUGGGGCGGUGGCGGCACCCAAGUUCACCAAGAUCCCCGGGGACCAGAUCGGGGUAUCGGGGGGUGUUGCCUCGUUUGUGUGCCAGGCUUCAGGUGACCCCAAACCCAUGGUCAACUGGAACAAGAAGGGCAAGAAGGUCAACUCCCAACGCAUAGAGACAAUAGAGUUUGAUGAUGGAGCGGGGGCCGUACUGAGGAUCCAGCCUCUCAGGGCCCCCCGAGAUGAGAAUGUCUAUGAGUGUGUGGCCCGCAACAGUGAGGGAGAUGUGGCCACCACUGCCAAGCUGGCCAUCAUACGAGAGGACAUGUUGCCAUUUGGUUUCCCCAGCAUUGACAUGGGUCCUCAGCUGAAGGUGGUGGAGAGGACCAGGAUGGCCACCAUGCUGUGUGCUGCCAGUGGCAUCCCUGACCCGGAGAUCUCCUGGUUCAAAGACUUCCUCCCUAUAGAGCCCAGCUCCAGCCAGGGACGCAUUAAACAGCUGCGCUCAGGUGCCCUCCAGAUAGAGAACAGUGAGGAGUUGGACCAGGGAAAGUAUGAGUGUGUGGCCACUAACUCUCAGGGAGUGCGUUACUCUUCCCCGGCCAACCUGUAUGUACGAGAGCAACGAGAAGGAUCAACAGACAAAUUGCGUCGUGUGCCCCCUCGUUUCUCCAUCCUGCCCUCCAACCAUGAGAUCAUGCCCAGCGGCAGCAUCAACAUCACCUGUGUGGCGGUGGGUUCACCCAUGCCCUACGUCAAAUGGAUGCUGGGUAGUGAGGACCUGACACCUGAGGACGAGAUGCCGGUGGGGCGGAACGUUCUGGAGCUCAACGGAAUCAGGGAGUCGGCCAACUACACCUGUGUGGCCAUGAGCAGUCUGGGGGUUAUAAAGGCCACUGCACAGGUGUCAGUUAAGACUCUUCCCAAGCCUCCCGGUACCCCCAUCGUCACGGAGACGACUGCCACCAGCGUCACCAUCACCUGGGACUCCGGUAACCCCGACCCGGUGUCCUAUUACAUCAUCCAGUACCGGGCCAAGGCACCAGACAGCAAGUACGAGACGGUGGACAGUAUCACCACCACCAGGUACAGCAUUGGAGGGCUCUACCCCAACACUGAGUAUGAGAUCAGGGUGUCAGCCGUCAACAGCAUCGGCCAGGGACCCUCGUCCACCCGGGUGGAGGCCAGGACAGGGGAGCAGGCCCCGGCUAGCCCCCCCAGGAACGUCCAGGCCAGGAUCAUCUCCAAGAACACUGUCAUGGUCCGCUGGGAGGAACCAGAGGAGCCCAAUGGACAGGUGAAAGGUUACCGGGUGUACUACACCAUGGACCCAUCUCAGCCCAUGAGUCUGUGGCAGAUCCAUAAUGUUCAGGACAGCACCAUCACCUCCAUCCAGAGCCUGGUACCCUCUGAAACAUACACUGUCAGAGUCCUGGCCUUUACAUCUGUGGGAGACGGACCCUUUUCUGAUCCUGUCCAUGUCAAAGUGCUGCCCGGAGUUCCAGGGCAGCCAGGAAAGUUCAAGGUGGGCAAGGUGACGGAGACCAGUAUAGAGCUGACCUGGGAACCGUCCUACAUCAAGGAGGGCAUCGUCAACUACGAACUGCUCUACAAACCUGUCAAGUUCGGCAGCCUGGAGAAGUUGACAUUUGGGCCCAGGGCUUCGUACACAGUGGAGGGUCUGAGGGCUAACACGGAGUACUCCUUCUCCCUGGCUGCCAUUUCUAACAAAGGCAUCGGAGCCUUUACCAACGAGCUGGUCCAGAGGACAGCACAAGCCAAGCCCUCGGCUGCUCCCCUGGGCAUGUCCUGUGACAGCCCCAGCUCCACCUCCCUGAGGGUAAGUUGGACACCGCCUCCCACUGAGACCCAAAAUGGCGCACUGACUGCUUAUGUGCUGCGCUACCAACAAGUGGUGUCUGGGGCCGAGGUCAAAGGUCAGGGUCCAGAGAUGAAGGUGCCUCCCAUCCCCCCAGAGCAGGGGCAGGCAGUGGUGGAGGGGCUGGAAAAGUGGACCUGGUACCGCGUUAGCCUGGCAGCCUUCACUACCGAGGGGUCCGGACCAGAGAGUCCAGCCCUGCUCUGCCGCACAGACCACGACGUGCCGGGUGCGGCCCCUCGGCAGGUGGAGGUCCGGCCCUUCAACUCCACUGCCCUUAGGGUCACCUGGCGAUCUGUGUUGCCAAGGCAACGCCAAGGUCAGAUCCGUGGUUACCAGGUGCACUAUGCUCGUGUGGAGAGUGGCUCAACACGCAGCCUUCCCCGAAUCAAAGACCUGCUAUUGGACGACAGCCAGUUUGUGGAGGAUGACACUACUGAAUAUGAGAUGAUGGUGGGGGGUCUGAAGCCUGAGAUGUGGUACUCUGUGUCUGUGGCGGCUUACACCACUAAAGGGGAUGGAACACACAGUAAAGUCAGAGUGGUGCAGACACCGGGGAUUGUGCCUGAUGCCCCCUCCCUUUCGGUGCGCCCAGGGUCUGAACCCUCCAUGGUGGUGAGAUGGGGGCCCCCAACUGGGAUGUCAGACUCCGGUCCAGGGGCCAAAGGGUCUGAAGUUCAGAUCCAGGGUUUUCGGUUACAAUUUGGGCUGAAGAAUGCAACCCUGGACACUACGGUGGAGUUUUCGGCCAGGGAGCGAAUGUACACACUCACAGACGUAAUUCCAGGGUUGACUUAUGUCGUUACCCUUUCCGCCAAAAGCCGGUCAGGGUACGGAGACGAGGCACGGGAGGAACUCGAGAUGCCUGAGUACCCACCCAGGAGUUACCCUCAAAUCUCAGAAUACAUUAACGCCACCUGCUGUUCGCUCCAGUUCUCCUGGCUGCCCCCUGUGCCAAGCGAACGAAACGGUGUGAUCACCGAAUACACAAUAGCUUAUCGGGAAGCAGGGGGUCUUAACCCUCUGGGCAUUGACCCUCUGGGCAUUGACCCUCUGGGACCCCCUCGCCAGAUCACGCUCCCAGCCAUUGAGUCCAGCUACACCAUUCUGGGCCUGAACCACAACACCGGGUACGAGGUGCAGAUGUGUGCCCACACCAGCGUAGGUCCCGGCCCGUUCAGUCCCCCGCUGCUGUAUCGCACACUGGCCUUCGAGACAGAUGUCCCGAGGAAUUUCUCAGUGAACCUGGCGACCAAGACGAGUGUUCUCCUGACCUGGGAGUUCCCUGAGAGCCCCUACCCCUACCACUUCACUGUGGAGUAUAACCGCCAGAAGAUGGAGGUGGAUGCCAAGCUGAGGAAAGCAGUGAUCCCCAACUUGCAGCCAGAUACCGACUAUGACUUCAAGAUCACCUCCUCUGAGGGCAACAUGGGCGGGCUGAGGCACCGCAUCCACGCCAAGACCUCUCCACCAAUUGCAAUCCGCCGUCCGGAGAUUGACCACACCCGUGACACGGAGACCACCAUCACCAUAAUCCUGCCCUCGCUGGAGAAUCGCAUCCCUGUCAAGAACCUGUAUGUGGUGGUAGUUCCUCUGAGGAGGGCGAGGGGGGUCAUUAGACAUCUCAAGAGCCCAGACGAGAUGGACUUGGAGGAGUUGUUGAAGGACAGCAGUCAGAGACAGAGGGAAUCUAGACAGCAGAAACCGGUAGACCUGCGCAGAGCCUACAUCUCAGCCCUCUUCACCCCUGCUACUCUGCCAGCCUUCUUCACUCUGGGGGACCAGCUGGACUAUGGAGGCUUUGAGAACCGCGCUCUAGAACCAGGACAGGAGUACGUGUUCUUCAUCUUGGCAGAACUCAAUGGCACCACAGUGAAGAUGUACGCGGACAGUCCGUACACAGAGCCAGUGAUCGCUCCGGACUCAGACCCCCAGCCCCUGGAUGCGGGGGAUGGUCUGAUCUGGGUGGUGGGACCCGUCCUGGCCGUAGUCUUCAUCAUCUGCAUCGUCAUCGCCAUCCUGCUCUACAAGAACAACAAGCCAGACAGUAAGAGGAAGGACUCCGAGCCAGGCACCAAGAGCCUUCUGUGUAAUGUUGAGAUGAUGGCCCACCACCCCACAGACCCUGUUGAGAUGAGACGCAUCAACUUCCAGACCCCUGGUAUGAUGAGCCACCCUCCCAUUCCCAUCACAGAGCUGGCUGAACACACAGAGAUACUCAAGGCCAAUGAUAGCCUGCGUCUGUCUCAGGAGUACGAGUCCAUCGACCCCAGUCAGCAGUUCACCUGGGAGCACUCCAACCUGGAGGUGAACAAGCCCAAGAACCGCUAUGCUAACGUCAUCGCCUAUGACCACACCCGCGUCGUCCUCGCCCCCAUAGAAGGUUCAAGUCCAGGUAUCCUGGGCAGUGACUACAUCAAUGCUAACUACAUAGACGGCUACAGGAAGCAGAAUGCCUACAUCGCCACACAGGGCCCGCUGGCAGAGACAUUCGGGGACUUCUGGAGGAUGGUGUGGGAACAGAGAGCAGCCUCCGUGGUCAUGAUGACCAGACUGGAGGAGAAGUCACGGAUAAAGUGUGACCAGUACUGGCCAAGCCGGGGUACAGAGACCUAUGGGAUGACUCAGGUCACCAUACUGGACACUAUGGAACUGGCCACAUUCUGCGUGCGCACCUUCUCCCUGCAGAAGAAUGGUUGUAAUGAGCGGAGGGAGGUACGUCAGUUCCAGUUCACUGCCUGGCCAGACCACGGUGUACCAGAGUACCCCACUCCGUUCCUGGCCUUCCUACGCAGGGUUAAAGCCUGCAACCCCCCUGACGCUGGUCCUGUCAUCGCACACUGCAGUGCGGGCGUGGGUCGUACCGGUUGCUUCAUUGUGAUCGACGCCAUGCUGGAACGGAUCAGACACGAGCACACGGCCGACAUCUAUGGUCACGUGACUCUGAUGAGGUCACAGCGGAACUACAUGGUGCAGACGGAAGACCAGUACGGCUUCAUCCACGAGGCGCUGCUGGAAGCAGUUGCUUGUGGGAACACGGAGGUGGCGGCCCGGAGCCUGUUCUCCUACAUGCAGAAGCUGGGCAAGGUGGAGAGUGGAGAGCAUGUCACUGGCAUGGAGCUGGAGUUCAAGCGUCUGGCCAACACCAAAGCCCACACGUCUCGGUUCGUCAGUGCCAACCUGCCAUGUAACAAGUUUAAGAACCGCCUGGUCAACAUCAUGCCCUAUGAGACCACCCGCGUCUGUCUGCAGCCAAUCCGAGGUCUGGAAGGAUCAGAUUACAUCAACGCCAGCUACAUUGAUGGAUACAGGCAGCAGAGAGGUUACAUGGCCACCCAGGGCCCACUGGCUGAGACCACAGAGGACUUCUGGAGGAUGCUGUGGGAACACAACUCUACCAUCGUGGUCAUGCUCACUAAACUGAGAGAGAUGGGACGGGAGAAGUGCCAUCAGUACUGGCCCGCAGAGCGGUCUGCUCGGUACCAGUACUUUGUAGUGGAUCCCAUGGCUGAAUACAACAUGCCUCAGUACAUCCUCAGAGAGUUUAAGGUCACCGAUGCAAGGGAUGGCCAAUCACGGACAGUUCGUCAGUUCCAGUUCACCGAUUGGCCAGAGCAGGGAGUUCCUAAAUCUGGAGAGGGCUUCAUCGACUUCAUUGGCCAGGUGCACAAAACCAAGGAGCAGUUUGGACAGGACGGCCCAAUCAGUGUCCACUGCAGUGUGGGUGUGGGGCGGACCGGAGUCUUCAUCACUCUGAGUAUCGUUCUGGAGAGGAUGCGUUACGAGGGAGCUGUGGACAUCUUCCAGACUGUCAAGAUGCUGAGGACACAACGCCCUGCCAUGGUACAGACGGAGGAUGAGUACCAGUUCUCCUACCAGGCUACCCUGGAGUACCUGGGGAGUUUUGACCACUAUGCAACCUAAGAGAGGAGAGGAACUGUCAUCCCUCCAUCCUUCUGUUCAGAUAGAGGUCCACAGAGACGAGGAACAACGAAAGAGAGGCGCAGACUGGAAAACGACUAAACAAUUAACCUUAUAUCCCAUUGGAGGGGCGACGCUACUAACAAGGAGUAAUUAUACAAGAACAACAACAGCAACAUACAAAACAACAACAACAUACAAAACAACAAUAACAACAACAACAUACAAAACAACAAUAAAAACAACAACAUACAAAACAACAAUAACAACAACAACAUACAAAACAACAACAACAACAACAACGAGACAAACGUCAAAUAAAACCUGUACUCUCAGGAAAGACCUGCAAAGGAUGUGUGACAGACUAUUACAUGUGUAAUCCUGCAUAUUCUUCUUACCUCAGUGUUUUAUAAAACCUGUGUGUUGUGGUCAGCUAUUUCAAAAACAAAACCAGUGAUGUAUAAAAGGACAACAAAAAGCCUGGAUAUCUGCUGCACCUUAAAUGGGUUUUCUAUCUUAUCUUUCUAUCUGUGGGUUUAGUGUACGAGGGGGGAACACUUCCACGUGUCUGUGGGUUUAGUGUACGAGGGUGGAACACUUCCACGUGUCUGUGGGUUUAGUGUACGAGGGGGGAACACUUCCAUGUGUCUGUGGGUUUAGUGUACGAGGGGGGAACACUUCCAUGUGUCUGUGGGUUUAGUGUACGAGGGGGGAACACUUCCAUGUGUCUGUGGGUUUAGUGUACGAGGGGGGAACACUUCCACGUGUCUGUCGCUCUGCAUUCGUGGUGUCUGUUGCUGCCACAGCUAGUCCUGGUCCACAGCACGGUUUUAGAUCUAUAGAACUAGAAGGACGGUUUGAGCUGCAUGUCUGUGAUUGGACACCAGACUCUUCUACCCACAGUGCCAAGAGAAACCACGCUGUUCUGGGGCAGAUGGGAAAUUAACUUUGACCUCUAAUGAGAAGGAGGAAUGGUACCCGUCAACAUCCAGCAUACAUGAUGAUCCAUGAGCUCCAGGUUGAGGUUGCCUGUAGGCACAGAUCUAGGAUCAGUUUACCAUGCUGAAAUCAUAAUCUUAACCAUUUGGGUGGAAAAACAAAACUGACCUAAGAUCAUUGUCUGGGGGCAACUUCACCCUACUUCAAGUGUGGAUCAAUAUUAUUACCAGUCAAUGUUCAGUCAUCCAUGCUUUGCUUGUUAUGUUCUGACAUCUUACUACAUAGAGUAAUGACAAUAAAGGUUAAACACAGUUUCCAUUUCAAUCCCAGACAGUCAUUUCGGGAGAUGCACUGAACUUACGUGUAUGAAUUGAAAAUUGGCUCUAUUUUUCUUGGAGGACCAUUUCAAUGAAUGAACAGAAUUUGAGUUAAUUUCCUUAAUUGACUGGAGUGUUUUUUGGGGGGAACAUUUUCCACAUUCUGCAGAAAAUAUUGUAAUGAUCCUAUUCAGUGUGUUUGUGGUUCAGUGUGUUUCACCAUGUUGGUUUCAGCUGCUUACGUUACAUCUAAAUUGUCUGAGCUAAGCAGUGAGCGUCAUAAUGUAGCUUACACCUACUUGAAAUCUGCCACUGCGUUGGAAUGAUCCUGAUGGCUCAGUGUGUUGGAGUAUGUUUCUGGCAACACAAAGGUUGUGGGUUCAAAUCCUGCUUGGGCUACAUAUACAGUAAUGAGUAUGUGUGUUCAUGUUGAGUUGGAUGAACUUUGUUUGCUUGAUAAACCCAAGUCCUCAUGGGUUGAGAGUAGAACUCCAACUCUCUUCUCUUUCCCACAGUAAGACAGGACUCUUCACAUCUUCUCUCUGCUUGUAGUCCUACUGUACAGAAAAACUAAAGGACACAACCUUUAGUCCACUCCAGCAGCCCCCACAAUCCCUUUAGAUAUCAUCCUCUCCUCAUAUUGAUUUGACAUUCUAUAAUCUGCUGCCCCAGAUCCGUUGUGAUUGAACAGCACAGUAUGAACUUAGACUGUAUAUACUGUGUAACGUAUAGAGAGUUCUUUAUAAUGCAGUACAUACAGUAGGCCUAACUGACGUAGAGUUAAGCAAUAAGGCCCGAAGGGGUUGUGGUAUAUGGCCAAUAUACCAGGGCUAUAAGGGCUGUUCUUAGGCAAGACGCAAUGUGGAGUGCCUGGAUACAGCCCGUAGCUGUGGUAUAUUGACCAUGUACCACAAACCCCUGAGGUGCCUUAUUGCUAUUAUAAACUGGUUACCAACUUAAUUAGAGCAGUAAAAAUACAUGUUUUGUCAAACCCGUGGUAUACAGUCUGAUAUACCACGGCUGUCAACCAAUCAGCAUUCAGGGCUCGACUACCCAGUUUAUAAAAGUUCUUUAUAACACAGUUUAUAGGCCUGACUGACGUAUAGAGUUGAAACAACUGGGGCAUAAUUAUUAUCAUCAAAAAAGAGCCUUAUUGUUGACCUUUUGAUAUGAUUUUUGAAAUAUGUAUGGUUCUAUUUUGUUCCUGUUAUAGCUCUUUGUUUUUACUACUUUUGUUCCUGUUAUAGCUCUUUGUUUUACUACUUUUGGAUUUGUUUAAUUGCUGUUUAUUAGGGGAAAAGGACUCAAUAUAACCAAUGAAAUGUUGUUUACUUGGCAAGCCAAUUUUUCUUUAUGAUAUCGUCAUAUUUUUUUAAUGGUCAUUUUUAAGUGCUUUCUUAUUUGCUUUAGUAUAUCGUAUACAGAACCUGCGUAGAAUGCUAUUUGAUACUGCUGUCCUCAUAGACAGAUACUUCGAUUCAGACCUAGUUUCAGUUUACAGCCCCUAUCAUAGUGCCAGUGGUACGAUCCAAUAGGGGUUUAGGGUGUCAGGGCACAGAGAGUUUAAAUGUCGAGCAAAGUACAGUAGUCGGUGAAAGUCUGGUGCACUGUAUUCAGUGAACCGUGGCGUUUCAGCUCGCUACUACAGAUAGAUGGAGAGUAUAAUGGCAUUUUGACACAAAAGGAAAGGCCACACAAAAAGACAGAUGGACAGACCCUCAUUACUUUAAUUAACAGCGGAAUUUUCUUGAUAUGAAAUUUAAGUGUGGUCCAAAAGUCUAGUGGGAAAAAAAGUCUACAUCUGGUGUGACUUAAAAUGAACCUUAAAAUGAUGACUACAUAAUAUAUACACUGAACAAAAAUAUAAACGCAACAUAUAAAGUGUUGGUCCCAUGUUCCAUGAGCUGAAAUAAAAAGAUACCAGUGUGACGACCCUCCCA